UCGUAAUGAUCUUGGUCAACUGACGUUUUACUGUUUUAGUAUGUUACGAUUGAUUUGAUAAAGUUGACCUUGUGUUGUGAAGUUGAAAGUUUUGAGAUGAACAAAUGGAGAAACUGUGAGGGGGAGGUUAAAGUAAUGAUGCUUUUUGACUGAAACACAAGAUUCCUCCUUUUCUGUUGAAAAAUCCUGUGCCGAUAAUUCUGAUUUUACGUAUGGAAAAUCCCUCGAUAUCUUGUUCCUUUUUUGUGGAGAGAUGCUAUCGCAUCACAGGUAUUUAACAUAACCAUACCUAACGUUUUUCCAAAAAGUGGUGACGAAACGUACAACUUGUACAAAUUUCCUUGCUAUUUUUUAAGGUGCUAAAUCUAUUUACAACAGGAAGAAAUUUUAGAGCUUGAUCUGAUGUUAGAACUUAGAACACGGUGAAACAGGGAAGUUUCCUCAUUUAUGCAAUGGAAAAUAGUCGUUCUGAGUUGUGCUGAAAAUCAUUCAAAAGAGUAGUGAGUUACCGUAAGUGAAGUUCAGGCAUUAUUUGAGAUGUUCAAGACUAUUAGCAGUACAGUAAUUGAUGACGGGUUAAUAAGCAAGGAAGAGUUCCAGUUGGCAUUAUUCGAGAAUAGAAAAAAAGAAGACCUCCUUGCAAAUCGGAUUUUUGAUCUAUUUGAUCUGAAGCAAAGAGGAGUCGUUGAUUUUGAGGAUUUUGUUAGAGUAAUGAAUGUUUUCCACCCAAAUGCCCCCCAGGAAGAUAAAAUUACUUUUUCAUUUAGGCUUUAUGAUCUGGACGGCUCAGGGUAUAUUGAACGGCAAGAGGUUAAACAAAUGUUGAUUGCACUUCUACGCGAGUCUGAGAUGAAGUUGGCUGACGAAACCAUUGAGAUAAUACUUGACAAGACAUUUUCAGAGGCAGAUUCAAAUCAGGAUGGGAAGAUUGACAAAUCUGAAUGGCGAAGCUUUGUGGCUCGAAAUCCUUCAUUAUUAAAGAUAAUGACACUUCCAUAUCUAAGGGAUGUAACCACUACUUUUCCAAGUUUUGUAUUUCAUUCAGAAGUUGAUGAAGUUGCAACUUGAGAGUAGAAAAUGUAGUUCAGAAUUAGUUUUUCUCCUCCAUAUUUCUUUUGUUUUUCCCCUAAUAUAUUAAAUGUAUGUAAAUUUGUUGGGGAAAAUGCGAACUAUAUAUCUUAAUUGGGUGAGGAGGUUUUGUUAGCCCUCCCUUUUUGUAAAGUGAUUAUGCUCUUGCCAAUUUGGGCAAUUAAUAGUGAGUUUAGAGAUAAUUGUUCCAAAUCCGCGUAAA